GAUUAAUACAGCAGAUCCACCCCACAAGAAGUCUAGGAACAUACAAAAAGUCAUCAAGAGAAAAUCCAGCACGUAGAUCCCAAUAUUCUUACCUGGCAGUGGUAUAUGUUUGUCCUCCAUAGAAGUAUUCAAAAUGGACACUUCCAUAUUACAGUACAAAGAAAUAAUAGACCCAAGCUUCGCCUAUCAACUGACAAAUGGCAUUCAUCGUCUUAAGAAAAAGGCCGUUUUCUGCGAUGUAACCAUAGACGUUGCAGGGCAAAAAUUUCCAUGCCACAAAGUUGUUCUAGCUUCCAUUUCAAAUUAUUUUGAAGCAAUGUUUACAAACCCUAUGGCAGAGAGUAAAUCUGCCGAAAUAGAAAUGAAAGAUAUGGAGCCCCUGGUGUUUGAAACCAUAUUAGACUUCAUCUAUUCAGGAAAGUGCAAGGUUUCCAUUGAAAAUGCACAAGCUGUUAUGAAUGCAGCAAACAUGCUUCAAAUUUUGGCUUUAAUCAAAAUAUGUGCCAAGUACAUAGCAGAAAAUUUAACAGUUCAAAAUUGUUUUCAUAUUUGGCAGUUUGCUGAUGCCAUUGAUUGCAGAGAGCUCAUGCAGAGAAGCAUGCACUUUUCCUUAGAAAAUUUUUUGCAAGUUGCAUCUCCUUUGGUGGCAUCCCUGUCAAAAGUAAAUCUUAUUCAAUUUAUAUCAAGUGAUAGUUUGAAUAUUCAAUCUGAAGACAGCGUGGCUCAAAUUGCUCUUCAGUGGAUAGCGGCAGAGCCAGAGAGAAAGACUGAUGCUGUUGAGGUCCUCUCUCAUGUUCGGUUCUCUUUGCUAAGUUCCCGAUAUUUGAUGACACUUAUGGACAAUGAAAUCAUGAGAAAUAAUGGAGACAUCAUGAAGCUUCUCCGCCAAGCCCAGCUUUUCCAGUCAGACCCUACCAUGUACUUUGAGUUACCAUAUCCCCAAGCAUCACCAAGGCAUUCCUUGAAAAGACGAGAGUAUGUCCUACUUCUCAGCACAACAAAUGAUGGCGCCUCUUUUUCUAGACAGACUUCCCAGCUGGGCAAUCUAAAUUGGACAUCUGGACAAACUAAACACCAGGGCUUUAGAGACGCAGCUAUUUGCAGCAGUGCUGUGAACUCUGAGGUUUUCGUGUCUGGGGGAAAGGAUAACCCAGAGAGAUUGAUCAUGUACAAGGCUGAGCUUGGGCUCCAAUGUGAAAAAGAGCUUGCAACAAUGCUGACUGGAAGGCAAAACCAUACUAUGGUAAUAAUAGGUGGCUGUUUACAUAUUAUAGGGGGUUUAGAAAGACAGGUAUAUUCUAGGUCUUCCCAGCAAAAUAACGGCAUAGUUUCCAAGAUUGAAGUCUACAACAUCCAGCAGAACAAGUGGAGACCAGCAGGUAAUCUGCUCACUGGGGUUUGGCAGCAUGCCUCUGUCUCUUUUCAAGAUAAAGUCUACACCUUUGGAGGGACAACUGACAUAUCUGGCUCUCUGAAUGAUGCCACUAACAAGGUUCAGAUAUACUCCUCGCAAACAGGAGAAUGUGUGCUGGGCCCAGAAAUACCUGCAGCCAUUUCCAAGUGCACUGCUACAGUGAUGGAAGAGUCCAUCUUUAUCAUUGGCUUGGAGGUAGAGAUCAAGCCCCUGCCUAAUUCUGAAGAACAUGAAGAGGAACAGGAUGAUGAUGAGGAAGUCUAUGAAGAAAACCGAGUAUUCUAUCAGUUCAAGCCCCUAGAUGGGGUGUGGAUCAAACUCAACCCACCUACUAACGUAACUAACUCAGCUUUGUGUACAUUCCAUGGAAAAAUCUGGAAUAUUGUGGUUGGUUCUGAGACCAAAGUGUAUUCCUACAAUCUCCUGAGUGAUGUAUGGGAGAGCAAUUCUGAAGACCCAGAAGAUGCUGAUGAAUCAAAUAAUUUACCAAAUUCAGUUAAAUGCAUGCAGAUAACAUAUUAGACAACUAUGCAUCCAUGCUUUGACAAUUAAAAAAAAAAACUGCUGUAGGCUUCAAUAGACAUGGAUUAAAGAUAAUUGUUUUUUUGUUUAAAAGACAGGCUUUAGCUAUUUUAUUGUUCUCAUGUCAUU